AACGGAAGAUGGCGACCUCAAACAAUCCGCGGAAAUUCAGCGAGAAGAUCGCGCUGCACAACCAAAAGCAGGCGGAGGAGACGGCGGCGUUUGAAGAAGUCAUGAAGGACCUGAGCAUCACUCGAGCCGCGCGGCUGCAGUUACAGAAGACCCAGUAUUUGCAACUGGGCCAGAAUCGUGCUCAGUGCUAUGGAGGUUCACUGCCCAAUGUCAAUCAGAUUGGAAAUAGCAACACUGACCUGCCUUUUCAGACUACAGUUUUGGAUACUAGUCGAACGACCCGGCACCACGGCUUGGUGGACCGCGUGUAUCGAGAUAGAAAUCGGAUCACGUCUCCUCAUCGCAGGCCUCUCUCGGUGGAUAAACACGGACGUCAGAUCGACAGCUGUCCUUAUGGCUCAGUGUAUCUGUCACCUCCCCCAGACACCAGCUGGAGGAGGACCAAUUCUGACUCUGCGUUACAUCAGAGUGCCAUGAACCCUACUCAACAAGACGCCUUCGUCGGAGGAUCUCAAGAGCUGCAGCCGAAGCGAGUCGUCUUACUCACACCCCCAGAUACAGAGGAUCCCGAAACAGAAAUGGAAAAAGACGACCAGAAGGCAUCACUACAUCCCAAAUCCCAUGACGUUCCAGGGAUUAACAUAUUUCCAUCCCCUGAUCAAGAAGUGAACGCGACAUUGAUGCCAGCCGCGCACAGCACAGGUGGCUCCUUGCCCGACCUCACCAACAUCCAGUUCCCCCCUCCACUGCCCACACCUCUUGACCCAGAUGACCCCGUGACCUUCCCGUCCCCCAGCACCUCCGGUAGCACAGGCAAUCUGAGCACCAAUCUCACCCACCUGGGCAUCAGUGCUGCCAGCCACGUGGCCGCCUCCACCCCGGCACCGACUGGUGCUGCUCUCACGCUCAACAUCGACGCCCAGCAGCAGCAGCCGUGCCCACAGCAGCUCUCACCUACUCUCUCACCCACCCUCUCGCCUCAGAUGCCCAUUUCUCAGUCGAUCACGAUGGACAGCAUGUCUCUGGAGCAGCAGCUGUCUCAGUACUCGCUGCUGAGCCUGCUGAGCGAUCUGCAGAAGCAGCAGCAGACGCUGCCACAGAACAUCCGCCUUAUCCAGCUGCCACCAAUCACCGUCAACUCUGCCUCCAGCCCGCCCCAGACCUCCUUGUCCAGCCAGUCACCAACAGCCACAAGCGCACCUGUCAGCUCGUAUCGCAAUCAGACUGGCUCUCCGGCCAACCAGUCUCCAACCUCGCCAGUCUCCAACCAGGGCUUCUCGCCUGGAGGCUCGCCUCAACACAUUCCAGUGGUGGGGAGUAUUUUCGGAGAUUCAUUCUACGAGCACCAGAUGGCGUCCAGACAGACCAACGCUCUCUCCCAUCAGCUCGAACAGUUCAACAUGAACAUGAUUGAGAACCCGAGCAGUUCGAACAGCUUGUACAAUCCAUGCUCCACGCUCAACUAUACGCAGGCGGCCAUGAUGGGUUUAACUGGGAGCCACGGCAGCUUGCAGGACACCCAGCAACUAGGCUACAGUAACCAUGGCAACAUUCCCAACAUUAUCCUAACAGUCACAGGGGAGUCACCGCCAAGUCUCUCCAAGGAGCUGAGCAAUUCGCUGGCCGGCGUGGGUGAUGUCAGCUUCGACGCGGACUCCCAGUUCCCGCUGGACGAGCUAAAGAUCGAUCCGCUGACCCUGGAUGGGCUGCACAUGCUUAACGACCCAGACAUAGUGCUGGCCGACCCAGCCACCGAGGAUACGUUCCGCAUGGAUCGCCUGUAAAAGCAAGCAAACUGAAAAAAAGAAAAAAAAGAAAAGAAGCUCUCUGAACAGGAGGAGGCUGGAGACAUACUCAUUGUGCAGCUGCAUGGCCACCCGGUUUUAUCAUUGCGCCCGCGGCCCUCGCUGCCCCUCCCCUUCAUGGCAUCUACAAUAGCAUGCUGCCAACAUCAAUGCCAACGUCUGGGGAAAGGAGGCACUCAAGCACAUAGGUGGACGUGGCAUUGCUAUAUCCACGCAGGCUAGUUACGUGAGGCGGCGAGUUCUGAACCACGUCCAUUGUGCAAGUGUCUCUGAACCCCUCCUAAGGCCUACAUGUUGAGUUCUUUCGUUUUUGGUUUGUUCUCAUGGGGUGAUAGUUACAUUUCUUAUGUCGUUCGUCAUGUUUAAGUAUUUAUUCUAUUCUCCAAGGAAAGCAUCUUUUGUGCUGCGUGUGUGUGUGUGUGUGUGUGUGUGUCAAAAUUCCUGACCAAGAUAGCUUUUUUUGUUUUUCCUCCCAUAAAUCUUUAUUUUUGCAUCCCUUUUAUGUUUCUUUCAGUUCUUUGUGUUGUUCAUAUACGUGUUUGUGUUCAAGUUUUACGGACGAAUUGUUUACGUAAAGAUACCACGUGUCUUUUUAGACUGUAUGUUUUGUGUGUUUGUGUUAAAUCUAUAUAUUUAAAGGUUAAACUUAUUUAUUAAACCCUUUUAUUUAAUAUUAAGGAGUACUACUCCCCCCAUCCUACUUUUUAUGGGUUUGGAAGAGCAGCGCCUUUGUGCUACUGUACGUACUUUAUUAUCGUUAAAAGUCCUUAAGACUAACAACCGACAUCCUCCGCAAACAUUUUUUUUCGUUCGCCUUCUCCUCCAUAAGCAUUAAUGCGCCAGGCCGUGCGCCGGCAUUGUUAUUGUUUUUUUUUUUUUUGGUUUGCCGAUAUUUCUACAGGUUUAAUGUCAGAACGGCAGCCUGGCCUCUGUUUUUCAUAUCAGUAUUGUAGUGUCUAAAGAAGUACACACGUGUGUUUUCCUCGUUGCUUUUUCAGCUGCAAAUUGAAACUGUCAGUGGCGUCUUUGAUUCGUGUUCUGCAUUUAAAAGGCCGUCGUCAUGCAGGGGCCGAACGGUUUUAAAAAAAGAAAACUAAAAGAAAAAAAAAAAAAGAAAGCUUCAGAAAGCUACUGAACUCAUCACUGUGACCCGACCUGAUUUUGCCUUAUGAACAAAAGAAAAAAAAAAAAUGCUGUUUUUAAGCUGUCACUGCAACGACGAGUUUUUUAAAUCGUCCCGUCAACGUUUUAUUCUCGUAUCCGAAAUGAGAUCUGAUCAUGCACAAUCAGUGGCAGUAUUGUGUUUUUAUAAAUGCAGUUUUUUCACUUAAGUACUGUAUGCCGUGUAGGUUAAGUGUCGAGCUUAAAUGGAUGGUGUGUUCGGUUCGAGCUGCUGGUUGAAAGUAAGGGGAGGGUACUGCUCCUUAUUCAUUGUGGUGUUUACAGCAAUGUUGUUGUUUGUGUAUAUAUCUAUAUAAAUAUUUGUAUAUUUGUUUCAGUCUUGUCUGACAUUCACGUGAUAUAAACACAUGUUGUGUUUCAAGUGAACGUUUUAAGGAAUCACAUCUUUAUAUUUAUGUAACACUAUGGAUUUAAAGAGAAAACUGUUAUUCACUGUCUUAUGUCACUUGAAAUGAAUGGUUUUAAUUCAGUUUAAGUGUUAGAAACCUGCGUUAUGCAGCCUGGACAUUAAAGAACUUGGCCUUCAUGCCAAAACUACUUUGGUACCAAAAUCCUGGUGAACGUAAUGCCAUUCAUUGUUUGUGAACAAUUGUAUUGGCAGCAUUAAUUUGAAAGAAGAAAAUCUUGACUUUUGGUUGUAUAUGGUAAGAGUUUGUUAACAGAUCACCAAAUUCUUUUUUUUUUUUCUUCUUCUUCUUCUUUGUUAAAGCAACAGUGUGGUUAUAUCAGUUCAAUGAAUUCAGCCAAGAGGCUCGAUCUAUGUCAUGUAUACAAUGCAGUCUGUAAGUGAUUUGGACAGUGACUCAAUGUUUUGGUUCAUCGCAUAGGACUGAAAUUAAACAGAUGUUUUGUUAUCAGCCAGCUGUUUAUAACAAAUUCUGACCCUGGAAUGUGCAUGUUGCAGAACUUGUAUCUGCAUAAAUAUGCAAAUGUUUCAAAGCAUGGUCUAAUUUGUUUGAGUCCCUCUGUGUAUUAGGAAUCUCUGGCAGUCACAUUUACAGUAAAUAUACAAGUUACAGUAAAUUCAUUUGAAUUGAGCUGAUCUUCUGCUUUAGGUUCGCUAUUGUAAUUUCUGUUCAUUGUUGUAAUGCCGUUGGUUAUCAUCUUUGGUUGACUUCAAGUUGAUGCAGCCAAUGAUACAAAGGCGUUUAAAUAAUCCCAGUCCAUUGAUGUUUGAACUCUUGGGGUCACCAUUGACUCCAGGUUAUCUCUAGAGUAAUCUCUAGUCUUUUUUUCUCAGCCACACAUGAACGCUGUAAGCAGAUGUUCUCCUUUAUAUUAUUCCCAGUCUCUGUACACAGUGCAAAAAAUAUAUCUCUUAUGAAUCUGCUGCUAGAAUAUUCGCACAAACCAAGAAAGCUGAACAUAUUUCUUUUGUCCUUAAGCACUUGUUUCGAGUCUAACCUCUUUCCCUCCUUCACGAUCUUCACGUACUGGUUACUUAAAGUCUUUUUCACUACAGUCAGUGCAAAACUCAUGACAUAUGUUCACUAUGUCAUUAUUAUAACUGAUACAGUAUAACUCGUAUAAUAACUCCAUCUUUUUUUCUGCUGUGUCUGAGGUUUUGUGAGAAACAAAAAAAAAAUACUCCUUAAAGUAUUGUCCUGUUUUUCUGAUUAAUCUUAAUUUUAAUUUUAUAUUAUGAUUUUUUUUCCUUGAUGUUGUGAAAGGCCCUAGUUAUGGUUAUGGGAUUUGCAAACAUUUCAUCAUCUGGGACACAAUAAACUGUUAAAAUAUAUAUUUUUAAAAUAAAAUAAUUUGUCUGGAGUUUUGUUUACAUUUCUGAAAAGUUUUUAUAAAAAUCCUCAUUUAUUUCUAAUCUCUCAAAUGGGUUUCUGAGCAAUCUAAUGUAAUUAGAAAACCACAAACCUCUUGGUUAUGUUUUUUUCAGGGGCCAAGACUUUAUGGCUCUAUAUUUAUGAAUGAGGAAUAAAAGAAUUCUCUGUCAUACUGUAAAUGGGUCAGCGUAUAUAAGAAUUGAGUUCAUUCUGCCCUCAAACAUCACUUUCAAAUCUGAGACAAGCUGGUAUAACCAACCAAACCUGUGUCAGGACGUGUGUCACUGCACAUUUUUCUUCAGACUGCAUUGCAUUUGGUCUUAGAUGUGAUCUUUGUAAAGGUUAUUAUGACUUCAACAUUGUUUUGUUUUUUUGUUUUUUGUUUUUUGUGAAAUGUGAAAUGUACAGAUGUGUGAUUCCUAUGCAAAAUAUAGAGAGAAAUUUAUCAAACUACAAAUUGAACUAUAUCUUGUUAGGUGAAAUGGUUUAUAUAAUAAUGUAGGUGUAAAGCUUUUAAUAUAAGAGUGCACAGACAGUCAGAGGUGUCAGAUGUUCUCCAGGAAGGGGUGGUGUUUAUAUAUAUAUAUGUGUGUGUGUGUGUGUGCAGUCUUCAUUCCAACCGAGCAGAAGCUACACCUGAUUUGAGUUUAUUGAAAGCCAAGAACAACUAAUUGAACAGGUGGAAUCAGGUGUGUGCUUCUGCUUGGUUUAAAUGCAAACCUGUACACACACACACACACACUGACCCUUUAUAGAAAAGAUCUGACACUUAUGGUCUAGGCGAAAUAUUCGAACAGCUCUAGCAAGCAACAGUUUACAGUAUGCAGUCACACACAAGGCCACAUUUAGACAGAAUUGCGAACGUUUAUGUUCAAAACCCUCAAACCAUACCACUCAUAAUCACCUUUUAUACACUUAUCCGUUACAAACAAGUCUGUUUUCUUUUUCCUCUCUUCCUGUAACACUUCUUGUAAGCUAAAAACUGUACAUAGAGCUUAUCACUAGACUACGACUGCAUGUCAAAAACAAGAAACGCAUCUUAAGUAAGAGGCCUUUCUUAGCUUGGCUGAUUUCAUUAUAAUACGUGCUGCACAUGAUAACACUAUGGACUUUUAAGCAAGAUGCAAUGCAUGCAUUUAUCAACAGAAAAAGAAAAAAAAGUGUGGUUUUGUUUCGUUGAACAUCUCUCACAUUUACCUACAUGUUGGUUGAUCACCUCUGGUGUAAUGGGGCUCCAUGUGAGAUGUUGUACAUCACACCAAAUUAUCUAGUGCUUGACCAAAGCGGUUUUGUUCCUUCCAUGUUAUAACUGCGAUUUGAUUUGAGUGCAUUCUUCUUUGGCAUGUUUGGCUUUAGUUUUAUUUCCUUUUAUUUUUAAAUCAUCAUGAUUGUAGCAAGCUUAAUCUUUUUUUUUUCUUUUUUUCUUUUUUCAGUCCACUCUUGUUGACACUGUUGCUUAGCUUAGCUUAGCUUGUGCAUCUUGACUCUUUCAACAUGACAAAUCGCUAUCAAUCACUGAGAUAUAUAUCACAACACAGGUCUCUGAUAUAUAUGGCAGCUUUCGUGCAAUUUCGUGUCUCUUUUUGUACCUUUUUUCUGUGUGUUGCUUUGCACUUUAACUGUGGCUGUAUGGCAUUAAAAUUGGACUGUUUUAUUCUCUGAGAGCA